UAUACCCCUAUCAUUUUAGAACACUGCUAUAAAUGCUGAGUACAGUGAGUGAAACCACAUCACAAGAAAGAAUGAAACUAUCACCACCACCACUUACCAACAACGAACAACCAGCCGCAGAUACUGCAGUUAAAUCUUGCGGUGGAGGCGGUAGAGAAACUUUCUCGGCGACGAGGCAUCCAGUGUACCACGGAGUUCGCAAACGUCGAUGGGGAAAAUGGGUUUCCGAGAUCAGAGAGCCCCGAAAGAAAUCUCGGAUUUGGCUCGGAUCUUUUCCGAUACCGGAGAUGGCAGCUAAAGCUUACGACGUGGCGGCGCUUUGUCUGAAAGGAAGAAAAGCUCAGCUAAACUUCCCCGACGAAAUCGACGAUUUACCUCGCCCGUCGACGUGUACGGCCAGAGAUAUCCAAGUCGCGGCGGCCAAAGCGGCCAACGCCGUCAAGAUCAUUAAAACGGGAGAUGACGUGGCAAAUAUCGGAGAUGGAGAUGAUUUCUGGGAAGGCAUAGAGCUGCCAGAGCUUAUGAUGACCAGAUGUGGGUGGUCGCCGGAGCCUUUCGUUGCCGGAGAUGAUGCCACGUGGUUGGUGGACGAAGACUCGUAUCAGUAUCAGUUCAUGGCGUGUCUGUGAGUGCAUGUAGUUGUCGACUGUGUUCUGCGUAUUCACUAUACGUGUGCGCUGUAUCGUUACUGUCUUGGCUUGAUCGAUUAGAUGCAUGCAAGUAUAUUUUUAUGCAUUUUAUUAUUUGUCUCUAGUUUAUUGUUUUACGUGACGGUGACGUGAUUAAUAUUAUAUAGAUACUAUGAGAGCACCUCCGAUGAGUUUCUAUC